CACUCACGAGCCCGGAGGUUUCGUGGCCGGCCGCGUUCCGCCCGCUCCCGGAGCACCAGGACUUCCCCUGCGCGCCUGCGGCCCGGCUCCGCCAGACGCCGCUCCGCCCGACGGCGACAUGGGCGUCCCCCGAGCCCCGGAGGCCAGCGGCCGGCGCUGGAGGCCCGUGCUCCUGGCUCUCUUCCUGGCUGCCUCCCGAGGUCUGGUGGCAGCCUUCAAGGUCGCCACACCAUAUUCCUUGUACGUGUGUCCCGAGGGGCAGAACGUCACCCUCACCUGCAGGCUCUUGGGCCCUGUGGCCAAAGGGCACGACGUGACCUUCUACAAGACAUGGUACCGCAGCUCGUGGGGCGAAGUGCAGGCCUGCUCAGAGCGCCGGCCCAUCCGCAACCUCACAUUCCAGGACCUUCACCUGCACCACGGUAGCCACCAGGCCGCCAACACCAGCCAGGAUCUGGUCCAGCGCCACGGGCUGGAGUCGGUCUCCGACCACCAUGGCAACUUCUCCAUCACCAUGCACAACCUGACCUCGCUGGACGGUGGCCUCUACUGCUGCCUCGUGGUGGAGAUCAGGCACCACCACUCGGAGCAGAGGGUCCACGGGGCCAUGGAGCUACAGGUGCAGAGAGGCAAAGAAGCACCAUCCAAGUGCAUCGCGUACCCACCCUCCCCCAGGGAGAGUGAAAACAUCACGGCUGCUGCCCUAGCUACGGGCGCCUGCAUCGUGGGCAUCCUCUGCCUUCCCCUCAUCCUGCUCCUGGUCUACAAGCAAAGGCAGGUGGCCUCCAACCGCCGUGCCCAGGAGCUGGUGCGGAUGGAAAGCAACACUCAAGGAAUUGAAAACCCCGGCUUUGAGGGCUCUCCACCCUCGCAGGGGAUGCCGGAGGCCAAGCCCAGGCCCCCACUGUCAUACGUGGCCCAGCGGCAGCCGUCAGAGUCUGGGCGGCACCUGCUCUCGGAGCCCAACACUCCUCUCUCUCCACCAGGCCCCGGGGAUGUCUUCUUCCCAUCCCUCGAACCUGUCCCUGACUCUCCAAACUCUGAGACUGUCUAGGGUGCCAGUGAGCAGUUGCGGCUGGGCCUGGGGCAGGUGCAUUUGAGCCAAGGCUGGCCCUCUGAGUGGUCCCUUGGCCUCGGCCUUGAUUUCCUGCCUCCUGCUCUGAGCCCAGACUCUUUGAGAUACCCCUAAUGGCUAGACCCUAAACCCCUCUGGAUGCUACAUGGCAGAAGGGAGAAGGUGUUGGAUGGCUCAGCCCCUGUUUCAAGGAUGAUGGGGUGCUAGGAUCCCACCUCAGAGACCUCAAAUUCAUCAGCUACAGAUGCCAAAUGAUCUAGAAGCCCCCAAAUUUCCAGCUCUAUGGCAGCCUCUCUCCCUGGGAUAUGAGCCUUGGGACCUGACGGCAUAGAUGGGACAAGAUGGGCACUGGGUAAACCCCCCAGUGGCACCCUCCCAGGCAUGAGACAUAGAUGUCUCAGGACAAGAUGUGGAGGGACUCCUCCCCACUGUGGUGGACCCGGCUCCCCCAUCUCUCCUGAGGCUGCCCCUCUGUCAGACUCACUCUUUGUAACCAUGGGACUCUGGGGCUGGGCCUGCCUGCUGCUGGGCCAUGGGAGCGUUCCCCAGCUGCCUGCUACUAGCAACCUCUCUGAGGAGCUGUCAACAGGUUAAGCAAAUCUGGGGCUCCCACUGCCUGCACUCUGGUCCCCAGAGUUCACUGGCCAGAGGCCCCGAAACAGGAAGUACACACUGGGGCACGGUGGCCACUGUGAACCAACUGGCAUGUUGGGCAAUGGAGGCCAGGCCGGAGGUUGCACUGCCCACCGCAGAUGGGGGUGAGGGAGGGUCGGUGGGGCCUUCUGGGAAGGUGAGUGGAGAGGGCUCCACCUCCCUGCCCUCCCCAUCCCCCACCUCCACUGCUCACUGUGGUCAAAAGAGAGGGUGACCACAUAAUGUACUGUUCCAACUGUGACACUUCUGAGUGUGAAGAGGGGGUGCUAUUAAAAACUACAUGGGCCACAGAUGCAAACCCUGUGGAUGGAUGUUAAGAGCUGAGUUAAAUCCCUACUCUGCUUCUGAGGUGCCUGAGGCCUAGGGGCCCAUCCUCCCCCACCCCCAGUCUGUGCUCUUCCCUUCCAGUCAGUCUGUGCUGAGUCUUCCCUGCAGAGUGACCUGUCAGGUGGGAGGAGCGGGGCGUGUACAUGGAAGGUUUGUGCCCGCUCUGCUCUGGACCCUCUGCUCCCAUCUCCUGCUUCAGGGCGUGACCUGAUUUGUUUUUAUACACAUACACAAGGAGAGCCCUUUGUGGAAUUUUGAUUAAAGGGUUUUAAAGCAUG